AUGACGUCGUCUCCACUCCGGGGAACAGAGUGGGAACGAACGACUCCACGACUCGAUCCUUAUAGUUACACGGAUGGACGAUGGCUUCACCGAGACGCGCUCCAACGCAAGGCUCGCCGCAUGAUGUUCGACUUCUCUGCGCUUUGUGAGAGAGCCAUCCGCUUCUGCCCAGGGGCGACUAGGGUCGUCCACUGUGAAAAGAAAGAAGGGAGAUGCAAUAGGGUCUUUCUUCUUACAAUGAACACGGGCUCCCGUGUCGUGGCAAGAUUACCCACUAGUAUCAGUGGCCCUCCGAGAUUGACAACGAAUUCCGAGGUAGCAACAAUGGCAUAUUUACGAGGCAAGAUCUCGCUCCCGAUCCCAGAUAUCCUGGAUUGGAGCGAUGAUUCAUCGAAUCCCAUCGGCACGGAAUAUAUUAUUCAAGGGCAUGCGGCAGGUGUUCCCCUGUGUGAUAUUUGGCCUCGGAUGAACAUGGAACAGCAUAUGCUGUGUACAGAAGCGCUCUCCAUCGCGAUCACAGAACUGGCAUCCUUUAACUUCCCGGCCUAUGGGAGUCUGUAUUUUGCAGAUGGGCCCCUGGAGUCGCACCUGAAAAUUUCUUUCGACCAGGGAUUCUGUAUUGGCCCGAAGUGUAGUCCGGUUUUCUGGGAUCGAAGUCCGGGCGAGCUUGAGCUUUAUGGGGUUCCCAGUUCAAAUUGUGGUCCUUGGCAAGAUCUAAAGAGCUACUCCCUAGGUCUGAUAGAUACCGGUUUUUCUCGCUUACCAAAACGAGAUGCGGUUAACCAUGAUUUACUCCCCUAUCAAGGAUCAGUCCAGGAUCACGUCGCUCUGAUCAAUAUAAGCCGGGAAGUGAUGCAGCGCUUAGUCGAGGAUAAGCGUGUCCAGGGUGCCGCUAGUCCCACUCUACUUCAUCCUGAUUUUCACAAAAGAAACAUCUACGUCUCUGCGGAGGACCCGACUGUCAUUACUGGCGUUAUUGACUGGCAAUGGGCAAGCAUUGAGCCUGCGUUCAUCUACGCAAACAAGCCACCCGAUUUUGCGGAUCAACCCGAAGAAACAGUGGAGACCAUAUUAGACCUAGACGGGCAGGAAGUUCCCGGCCGUAGCAAGAAAGAACUCAAGGAUGCGUCAAUCCGUUGUCAAACAUACGAUGUGUACAUGAAGGCCUAUGCCCCCAAAGUACAACCCGCGAGGUCGCUCGACCCAGCAUUAUUUCAGCUCUUUCACUGCUGUCACACGUCAUGGCGAGACAGCGCUACCGCUAUCCGACACGCGUUGGUGGAACUCUUUGCUUGCUGGACGGAGUUAGGGUUGCCGGGUUUGUGCCCGUAUUCUCCCACCGACGAGGAACUGGAGCGGCACAUUCGCGAUUAUGAUGAUUUCAAGGCGGUCCAACAACUGAAGCAGUGGUUGAAGGUUUCGCUCAAUACUGACUUUGACGGUUGGAUACCCGAUGAGCGGUGGGAUGCUGCAAAAGAUUUUCAUCGCGCGCAGUACGAUAUAUGGAUUCAGACGGCCGAGGAAAUGGAAGCGUGUGGCGAUGAUGACAUGACAGUAGCAAAAGCAGAGAAACUAUGGCCAUUCGAUGCCCCGUGA